UCCUGAACUCAAUUUCUGAGGUUAGAGCCCCGUCUACCAGACGUCUCUACGCCCUCAAGUGGUCGGUCUUCUCCGGCUGGUGUGCUACCACGGGAGAAGUCCCGAUUUCAUGUGACAUACCGCUGGUGCUGUCUUUUCUGUAGGAGCUGUUGGACGCGGUCCGCUCUUAGUCCACGCUCAAAGUCUAUGUGGCAGCCAUAGCAGUUUUUUACGCUCCUGUGGCUUCACAAUCUCUGGGCAGAAACACUUUUUGGUUGUUCACUUCCUAAGGGGGCCAGAAGGCUUAACCCGCUUUGCCCCCAUACCGUUCACACAUGGGACCUGUCUACAGUUCUUAGGGCCUUCAGGGGACCUCCCUUCGAACCUCUGCAGUCGGCCGGGCUGCACCCUCUCUUGCUUAAAACGGCCCUCCUGCUAGCCCUAGCAUCAGUCAAGCGAAUUGGCGACUUACAAGCACUUUCUGCAAGUGCAUCCUGCCUCGAGUUUGGGCCUAAUGACUGCAAGGUCAUCCUAAAGCCAAGGUUCGGCGCCUAAGGUGCUCUCCACUCCUUUCAGAGCACAGGUCAUAUCUCUCGGCUCUUCCCACUUUGGAAGAUGAGCAGGAUCUCCACUUACUCUGUGCUGUUAGGGCCUUAAGGGUAUAUGUUGAGUGCUCUGCCCAAUUCAGACAAUCAGAGCAGCUCUGCUUCGGCGGCCGCACCAAAGGGCUUCCGGUCACAAAGCAGAAAUUGUCCUGCUGGAUAGUAGAUGCUAUUGUUUAGUCGAUGGGGACGUAUGUUUGACUGUGUUUUGUGUAUGCAUGUCGACCCAGCAGAUCAAACCCUGAAUAGUUGACAUGCCACCUGGGAUGGUGUGUGUGUUGUCUUCUCUUUUCUCCAUACUAUGUAGCUUCAUGGUCACCCAGAGCUCUGCUUCUUCCAGCCAUCACCCCACUUUCUUGCGCAAUGACACCUACUUUGAGCACCUAGCUUUGCAUCCUGACCCUUCAUUGGGUCGGGUCUAUUUAGGUGCCCGUGAUCGGCUUUACCAGCUUUCUUCCGAACUUCAGCUUGAGGCAGAGGAAAAGACAGGCCCUGUGAUAGACAGCCGUGACUGCCUGCCACCAAUUAGUGAAGCAAACUGCCCACAGGCACAUUUGACCAAUAACCACAACAAGCUACUGCUUGUGGAUCCUUACAGUCAGGAGCUCAUCAGUUGUGGAAGUGUUUAUCAAGGAAUAUGUCAGAAACGAAGUUUAGAUGCAGUGGGGAAAGUGCUUUUCUCUGCAGAGAGGCCUGUGGAUACACAAUAUGUGGCGGCUAAUGACCCCAAUGUCUCUACAGUAGGACUUGUGGCGCUUACAAGAGGCCGUGGGAAACAACAGCCAGUGCUGUUUGUGGGACGUGGUUAUACCAACAGCCAACCUCCAAUAUCUACUCGAAACUUAGUUAUGGAGCCUGUUUUUUCAUAUGAGGAAACUUCAAAGUUAGCGGUGGCUGGGAGGCUUUCUGAGUAUGACCAUCAUUUUGUAACCUCAUUUACCCACCGCUCAUAUGUCUACUUCAUGUUCUAUCGGAGAGACUUAAAAUCGCAGUCGAGAGAAUAUCGCACAUAUGUUUCCCGUAUGUGUUUGGACGAUAUUGCGUACUAUUCAUACGUAGAAGUUCCGUUAAGUUGCCGUUCAGCUGGAGGAAAGAAUUAUAACCUCCUACAAGCUCUACAUGUAGGCCUGCCAAAGUUGGGAAAGACUAUGGGAAUAGAAAGUACAGCUGCUUCGGAACAAGAGGUACUGUUGGGGGUGUUUUCGAGCCAUUUUGCUUCCUCCAGUCGACCCAAUGAAGAGUCCGCAGUAUGUGUGUUUUCACUCGAGGAAGUGGAUAAACGUAUCAAUGCUACAAGAGAUCUGUGUUACACUGAAAUGGGCCGUGCAGAUGGACUUGAGGCUGCAUACAUUGAGUAUGAAGUCAAAUCAAACUGUGCCAAUCUUCCAGAGAACACUUUGGAUGCUUACCCAUGUGGCUCUGAUCACACCCCUAGUCCAAUGGCAAGCCGGGUGCUUGUGGAAGCUGAGCCAAUAUUUGACAGCCCAUCCGUCCGGCUCACUGCUGUGGCUGUGAGUGUAAAGGAGGAGCAUACUAUUGCCUUUCUAGGAGACUCCCAAGGAAACUUACACAAGGUGUUUCUCGGCCCAAACGGCGAGGUGGAAGAAUAUGCAGUAAUUUCCAUCCAGCCCAAUGCACCGAUAAGCAGAGAGCUCAGGCUUGACCAUCAAGAGAAACAUCUAUACAUCUUGACAAGUAACAUGCUCGAGAAGAGGCCUGUAGCAGAGUGUGAAAAGCAUUUGGAUUGUCAAUCCUGUCUGUUGGCUCAUGAUCCAUAUUGUGGCUGGUGUGUUCUUGAGGGGAAGUGUUGUCUGCGUAGCGAGUGUGUGCGUGGGGAUCAGAAAGAUCAGUGGCUUUGGAGCUUUGACAUGGAGCAACAAUGCCUGAGUGUCAAGUAUCUCAAUCCAUCCAACAUCAGCCGAGAAGAGAGGAGAGAUAUCACUUUAUCCAUCCCUGGUCUUCCCAGUCUGGAGCGAGGAGAGUUUUACUCUUGUGUCUUCAAUGACAGGGCAAGUUUGGCUGUUGUAACAGAGACUGGUAUCACCUGCUCUUCUCCACACAUAUAUACAUUGCCAUCUGUGCCACCGGGUCAAGAUUUUUUUACAGUCACGCUGUCUCUACGGUUCCAUGAUGUUGUUGUGACUUCUCGGGAAUUCACCUUUUAUGAUUGUACAGCAGUCAAACAUCUUGCGGGAAGCAUGCCGUGCCAUGGUUGUGUGAAAAGUCACUGGGGAUGCAAUUGGUGCGUGAAGCAACACAUGUGUACCUACAAAGCUGUGUGCGAUGAGGGAGUGAUAAUCUAUAAUGAACAUUGGAAAUCUCUCCCCACCCUACCUCCUGCAACCAAAGCCUCUAGAGCUGCAUUCAUGACCUCACCAGUCACAACACACAAAGUCCCUGAAACCAUGGCUCAUACUAAAACUCAGACUACUGCCAGCUCAGUAACUGAAACUAUAACUUCUACACUGGAAUCACUAACCUCUCCUGCACUUGUGAAACCAAAACCAUCAACUCAGCUUUCUUCCACUUUCAAGCCGUCUGCUGCGCCCACAAGUGCCUUUCUCCCCUCUUCCACAGCUGAGACCUUGGCUACCACAGAACAGCCAGCUUCCACACUAUCUCUGCUAGAGGAGAUUCUCUCAGAAAAAGAGCUUCUUGUUACAGAUAUUGAAUCAGUGGCUCUGAGGGAGACAGACACUGAUGUGGUUACUCUUUCCAGUUUGGAAGCAGCUGUAAAAACUGAGUUACCAUCAGUCUUUGAAGCUGCUGAGGAGCAAAGAAUAUCAUCGUCAUCAGCUGAAACCGAGAUAAUCACUCUCACAGAAUUGCCACCAAUAAUGGAGCCAAUCACACAUGAUACUUCGCUCACCAGCACCCCUCACAUUUUGGCAGAAACAUUGAAUUUGACAAAUGAAACCCAAACUACAGUUUUACCUUCAAAUCCAGAACCAGACGUGUCUGAUUCAGAAUCCAAUGACUUUUUGCCUAUAUCUGAGAGGGUGUCACCUGCCAUGCCUUCAGAGAAUAGGAUUAUCAUCACUGACCGUGAAGAGGCUCGUUUGGUGCCAGAGGAAACUGAGGAGGUGGAACUGGUAGAAAACGACAACGCAACAUUUUCUGCAGCUACAAUCUUAUCAGGGGAUGGAGAAUCAGACAGGGAUCCCCCUGUAUACCUCCAUCUUCAGAGUACAGGCAUGGAUGUUGAUUACCAGUAUGACUCAGCAGAUUUACCGGCUGAUGAAGGCACAUUUUUCAAUUUGGGGGCAUCAGCCUGCCCGUGUGUGGAGAAGAUUCAAGGAUCCUCUCUGCUUCCUGUCCUAACUCAGAGAAAAAUCUCUCUGCUGGCCCGAAACUUGCAUCUCUAUCAGGACCAAGAACUGGCGUAUGAGUGUGUAUUGGUGAUCGAGGGGCAAACUGUGGUGGUUGAUGCAGAUGUGACGCUGAACGAGGCAAACCCUUUGCUGUUUGACAUCACUUGUCAUGCUCACCAGUAUUCCUAUGCAGACCCAGUUAGAGAGUAUAAUGCCAUGGUGUAUGUAAAGAGAAAAGACACUUUUCAUAUUGACAGCACUGAUCUUUAUGUGACAUUAUAUAACUGUUCAGUUGGACACUCGGACUGUAGCCGUUGUCACACUGCAGAUCAGAGGUACAGCUGUGUGUGGUGUGGGACCAGUUGCGUUUACAGAGGUUCCUGUUCCCAACACAUCCAAAUGACCUGUCCCGCUCCUCUCAUUCAUUUGGUGGAGCCUUUGUCAGGGUUGGUGGAAGGAGGCAUUACUUUAACUGUUUCUGGUUCUAACUUGGGACAGAAAGCUCAGGAUAUCCUUCAGUCUGUGACUGUUGCGAGUGUUCCCUGCACUGUUAUACCACAUCUAUAUGAAAUAUCCACCAGAAUUAUAUGUACAACUACAGCCAGUAGAGAGGAGAAGUCUGGUCACAUCUCAGUGAAAGUCUCCAGUGGAGGCUUUGGCCUGUCAAGUCAAAGAUUCAGCUACCAGGACCCUAAGCUGAUAGAAAUUUCUCCUCAGAAAGGGCCACAGGCAGGAGGAACAACUCUGACAAUCACAGGCAGACAUCUUUUGACUGGUCGUGUUACUGAUAUCAGUGUCUUACUAGGAAAUGUGCCUUGUUCAUUAAUAUCAGGUGUUCAGGAGGACACUAUCAAAUGUCUGACUGGUGCUAGUAACAGGACAGGAGAGCACAGGGUGACUGUGCGGUAUGGAAACAAUGAGCGACAUCUCCAUGACAAUGGCUACUACUAUACCCCUGACCCCAACAUCACACAAGCCAUGCCAUCUAAGAGCUUUAUCAGCGGAGGGCGUGUAAUUAAAGUUUCGGGCCAUAACUUGGAUGUGGUACAGAAGCCUCUGAUGCGAGUAACGGUGGUCCCCCCAGACUCCAUUUCCUCCUGGAGGAGACUGAGGCGAAGGAGAAAAACUAGGAAUGUAACAGAUGUGGAAGUGCAGGAAACAGACUGUACAGAAAACACACACUGUUCUAUCAAACGGUUUGAGGAGCAUUGUGAGGUGAAAACCUCCUCUUUGUUGUUGUGUCGGACCCCUGGUGUAGACCCUCAACUAGUUGGUGGUCAUAUGCAGGUUGAGUUUUUGUUGGAUAACUUGCGCUUUGACUUCAACUCUGUCAGCCAAUCACCUUUCACCUAUGAGCCAAACCCAACCCUGCACCCGCUGAACCAUCGUGAUCCCACAAAACCAUAUCGAUACAAACCUGGAUCAGUCAUAUCUGUGGAGGGUGAGAAUUUAGACUUGGCCAUCUUUAAAGAGGAAGUAGUAGCGCUGAUUGGUGAGGGGGUUUGUACUGUUAAAACUUUGACACAUAAUCACCUUUAUUGUGAGCCACCACCCCAGCAGCCCCCGCUCUCCCUCAGGCAUGGACGCAAGCGAGAGGGAGCUGAGGCCUUUCCAGAAUUUAUAGUGCAUAUGGGAAACUUGAACUUUUCACUGGGACAAGUGCAGUAUGAUUCUCUUAGUCACUCCAUAUUUCCACUGGUGGCACAGAUUGGGGUUGGAGCAGUUGCUUCUCUUGUUGCUCUUAUUGUACUUAUCAUCGUGUUUAUAUACAGGAGAAAGAGUAAACAGGCUCUGAGAGAUUAUAAAAAAGUUCAGAUCCAGCUGGAGAAUCUAGAGACGAGUGUGAGAGACCGCUGCAAAAAAGAGUUUACAGACCUGAUGACUGAAAUGAUGGAUAUGUCGAGUGAUCUGGUGGGAUCAGGAAUUCCUUUCUUGGAGUACCGUAUGUAUGCUGAACGCAUCUUCUUUCCUGGACAUCGUGAGUCCCCGCUUCACAGAGACCUGGACGUGCAGGAGUGUCGGCGGGCCACGGUGGAGCAGGGACUCAUUCAGUUAUCUAAUCUCCUCAACAGCAAACUGUUCCUCACAAAGUUUAUCCACACUCUUGAAAGCCAGAGGACAUUUUCACCCAGAGACAGAGGAUAUGUGGCAUCUUUGCUCACUGUUGCUCUUCACAGCAAACUAGAGUACUUCACUGACAUACUCAAAACCCUGUUGAACGAUCUGGUGGAACAGUAUAUUGCCAAGAACCCUAAACUCAUGCUCCGGAGAACUGAGACAGUAGUUGAAAAGCUCCUGACAAACUGGAUAUCCAUCUGCCUCUAUGCUUUCUUAAGGUAUUCUGCUGGUGAGUCUCUGUACAUGCUCUUCAGAGCGAUUAAACACCAAGUGGAUAAGGGACCUGUGGAUGCAGUGACAGGCAAAGCCAAAUACACCUUGAAUGAUAACCGCUUGCUGAGAGAGGAUCUGGAAUACCACACUCUGACUGUGAAUGUCUUGAUGCAGGGAAUAGGUGUGAAUGAAGCUCAGCCAGUUGCAGCUAAAGUUUUAGAUUGUGACACUAUAACCCAGGUGAAAGAGAAGAUACUAGACCAGGUGUACAAGGGCACCUCAUACUCUCAUAGACCACAUACUGACUCCGUGGACUUGGAAUGGCGCUCUGGUGUAGCAGGUCACCUGAUCCUCUCAGAUGAAGACCUAACAUCUGUGGUUCAGGGCAACUGGAAACGCCUCAACACGCUCCAGCAUUAUAAGGUUCCAGAUGGAGCAACCGUUGCUUUGGUGCCACGCCAUAGCAAACAUAUUCACCAUGAUACCCAUGAUUACAUUGCAGGGGAGAAGACGCCCAUGCUAGAGGAUGCAGAUGAGGGAGGAGUGAGGCUGUGGCAUCUAGUGAAGGCCAGUGAGGAGCCAGAGUUACCCAAACACAGACGAGGCAGUUUAAAAGAACGAGAGAGAGCCAAAACCAUACCAGAAAUCUAUCUCACACGGCUACUGUCAAUGAAGGGUACACUGCAGAAGUUUGUGGAUGAUCUGUUCACAGUUAUUCUCAGCACUAGUCAGCCAGUUCCUCUGGCAAUCAAAUAUUUCUUUGACUUGCUUGAUGAUCAGGCAUUGCGCCAUGGCAUUUCAGACUCUGAAACUAUUCACAUCUGGAAAACUAACAGUUUGCCUCUGCGGUUCUGGAUCAACAUCGUUAAGAACCCUCAGUUCAUCUUCGAUGUGCAGGUGUCGGAUAAUGUGGAUGCGGUUCUGUCAGUAAUUGCUCAAACAUUUAUGGACUCCUGCACUACCACAGAGCAUAAACUCGGCAGGGAUUCACCUAUUAAUAAAUUGCUGUAUGCCAGAGAUAUCCCUCGCUAUAAACAGAUGGUUGAACGUUAUUAUGCAGACAUCAAGCAGACCAUCUCUGCCAGUGAUCAGGAGAUGAACUCCGCUUUGGCUGAGCUCUCCAGGAAUUAUUCUGGAGAAUUAAAUUAUCUGGUGGCCCUGCAUGAGCUCUAUAAGUACAUCAACAAAUACUACGACCAGAUUAUCACUGCCUUAGAGGAAGAUUCCACCGCUCAGAAGAUGCAGCUCGGCUACCGGCUUCAACAGAUCGCUGCAGCCGUAGAAAAUAAAGUGACAGACUUGUAAUCAUGGACAAAGUAAAGUGAAAGUAAUGAGUGUAAAGACACUGAUGGGUGGCUGUAUGAACACAUGGUACAGGAACUUUAGGUAUAGUAUCAGUUGAAAAGCUACUAUGUGUAGCAGGUGAAGAUAAAUUAAGAGAUGUGGUCUUAAAUUUGAAUAUGGGUAUGGGAUGAUUUAUUUUAAAACUUUAUGGUAUAUGGUAUUCCCAUUUCAGUCCCUUUGCAUUUUUAUAAGCCUGGAUUACUUGUUGAAUUCAUAAAUACAUUAUAUACAAAGUGUAGAUAUUUUUUUCUGCGGGAUUAUCAUGAAAAACACUUACAUGCACAAGCGUUUGCUUGGUCAUGGCCUUACCACAGAAUACGUUAGAUGUUCUGUACUUUGUCUACCUCCGCUUUCUGUAUCUACCAGUGUGUAUGUGUUUAUGUAAAAGAUCUUGUUCCACUCACAUUCUUAUCCUCCUCAGUGGGGCUGUAGUAAUUUUGCUCUUGUUCACUGGUAGUAAAAUUUGAAUGUGAUUCAGCAUUUGCAAAGUUGCUAAAACUGUCGAAGCAAAAACAUCUCACAACUGACACACUGUAGUAAAAUGUUUUAGAACAUUUUUAGCUUAUGAAAUUGUAAAUUGUAAUUGACAUUGUUUAGUAUGUGUCACUGGAAAAAUACAGUAUGAAAAAGUCUUUUUGUUAACUUUUUAAAUGUGUAAGUCUUGACAAGUAACACCAAGUCUAGCUGACACUGUUCUCUGUUACAUAUAAUGUCACUGUUUCAACCUGUCAGGUCAAAUCAUGUUUCGUAUGUGUAUUCUUUUUGUUUUGUUGUUUAUUAAUGUUGAUCUGUUGGUAUCUUUUUUUUUUUUUUUUUUUUUAUUUUUUAUUAUUAUUAUUAUUAUUAUUUGAGGUGCCAACAUAGGAUUGAAUGAAUUACUCAUCUUUUACCACAUCCUCUAACAUUUCAUCAAUAAGGAAUUUUAAAGACUGAUCAUUUUAUGUAGGUACAUUUAAAAGAUUGUAUUGUGAAAUUUUAGCCUUCAUGGGAGAAAAUAUGAUCUGUAUGUAAACAUUGUGUUCAAAUAUAUUAGUGCUGGUCCACUGCAUAGGUAAAUAGGUCACUCAGUUGCACUUCACUUCUUUUGAUCAAAGACUUCUCAAACACUGAACAAUGAAAAUAUGUCAGAGAAAAAGAUGCGACUGUGUCAUAUUUACUAAUUUUUUUUAGUGUAGUAUAAUAUUGUAAAUAAUGAAUUAUGUAGCUUCUUGGCAAGUUCAGAAAGAGUAAAUUAUUAUAAAACGUUUAAACAGUUCUUUAAAAGAAAGGUUUAACGAUAAGCUUGCAAUUUUAGUGUUAAGCUGUUCUAUAGGUUUUUUGUUUCUGAAUGUAUGCUUUUUGUGGGAAUACAAUUUAAGAUCAGUUGAUCCGGUGUUUUUUCCGUAAUAUCACAUGAAGACUAAAAUAAUGUACAUUGUUUCGGGCAUUCAAGGUGAACAUGAUGGCAUCCGUUUAAUAAUUAGGAUAAAUAAAGUUUACAUUUGGAAAGUC